GCGCUUGUCGCCGAUCCGGAAGAUUUCGCCACAUAUCAGGCGCUUCUGUCUGAGCUCGAGUACAAGCCGACGUGGAUGAGCGGUGGCCUGGCCUUGCACAGGCCUAUGGCACUGGGUUCGGACACGCAGUUGCAGCAGUCACCCACCUAUGAGCGCGUGGUGCGAUUCCUGGCCGGCUACUUCGGUGUCGAGCCAAUUCGGUCCCUCGUCAACCACUAUCGCUCCGGGGAGGACUUCACUUCUUUCCACUCCGACCAGUACUUCUCGGGCGUGAACAUGACAAUCGGGGCUUCUUUCGGGGAGGAGCGAGCACUGGUCUUCGAACACCGCGAGACCAAGGAGCAGUUCAACUUCCCGCAGCACAACGGAGAUGUCUUCGCAUUCAGCGACUCCGUGAAUCGCCAAUUCGUCCACGGAGUCCCACGUGAACGGCGGGCGCGCUCCACAAGUGCUUGCGCGCACACGCCCGGGCGUAUCUCCGUGAUCGUCUGGGGGCGCAAAGAUCAGGAGCUGUGGAAGAGCAAGGCACAGACUUUGCCACUCGCCUUACAGCCUCUGAAUGUCCUGGAGUAUGACCCAAGCCAGGACCCCGAUGCCGAGAAGGAUGCGACCAUGAAUGCAGACUCCACGAAGCAGUCUGAAACCUUUCCGAAGCCUUUGGAGCCAGGGAGGACCCUCGAGGGACCUGCGCAGAGAGGCAGAGCCUGGCAGAGAGCUAGCCAACGGGGCUACUGA